CCUACGGGACAGCUAGAGCCGCACCCAGGCAGUGCUGCGCUGCUCAAGUCUGCAGUAGUCGCGGCAAGGUGAGCCAGAGCCAAGAUGGCUGUCCUCUCUAAGGAAUAUGGAUAUGUGCUUCUCACUGGUGCCGCCAGCUUUGUGAUGGUGCUCCACCUAGCCGUCAACGUGGGUAAAGCCCGCAAGAAGUACAAGGUAGAGUACCCUAUCAUGUACAGCACAGAUCCUGAGAAUGGACAUAUGUUCAACUGCAUUCAGCGAGCCCACCAGAACACGUUGGAGGUGUACCCUCCCUUCCUGUUUUUCCUAACCGUGGGAGGUGUUUACCACCCGCGCAUAGCUUCUGGCUUGGGCCUGGCCUGGAUUAUUGGGCGAGUUCUUUACGCAUAUGGCUACUACACAGGAGACCCUAGCAAGCGGUAUCGAGGAGGCGUGAGCUCUCUUGCCCUCUUUGCUUUGAUGGGCACAACUGUGUGCUCUGCUUUCCAGCAUCUCGGCUGGAUAAGACCUGGCUUGGGCCGUGGGUCCAAAUCCUGCCACUGAGGAAUGGGAGGCCCUUCAACUCUCAUCCACCUUCAACGACUUACCCUUAUUUCCAGUUCCACUGUUUUUUAAAUAUAAUAAAAACUUAUCUGGCGUCAGCCUCGUACCUAAA